AUCAACGCAAUGGCCACCAAGUUGUUCUUGUUGCUUGCCAUCUGUGUUCUUCCUGUUCUCGUUAACGCAAACAGGCAACCUUUCAAAAUCAUCGGAAAAGUUUACUGUGACGCCUGCCGUGCUGGUUUCGAGACAGUUAAAUGCUCUUACAUACCUGGUGCGAGGGUCGAAAUCAAGUGCUAUGAUAGGAUCACUAUGAAGCUGAAAUUCAGCGUUGGAGCGGAGACGGACGCAACCGGAACAUAUAGCAUUUUGGUUGAAGAUGACCACCAAGACCAAAUAUGCUACGCCACGCUUGUUAGCAGCCCCAUUAAAAGCUGUGCAGUUCCGGACACCAGGCGUAACAAGGCCACUGUUAUCCUGACCCGCAGCAACGGUGCCGUUUCCCACAUUCAUUACGCAAAUGCAAUGGGAUUCCUCCAGGAUACGGCGGCGGCCGGUUGCGCAGAACUGCUCCGCAGUUUACUGCAGGAUGAUGAAUAAAAUAUAUCAUUUAAUAUUUGAUGUUCGUGCUUUAGCUUUUCCCUUUUUCUUGAUUUUAG